UUCGUGCAGCAGUCCGAGUCAGAGCGAGACUCCUGCUGGAGCUCCACUGCGCUUUCUCCUCCUCCUCCUCCUUCUCCUCCUCCUCCUGAAUCAGCCCUGGAUCUGGAUCAACCUGCUUUUCUUUUCACUUCAGUGUUAACAACAUCAGGACUAGAAACGCUCACACACACACACACACACACACACACACACCGCGCUGUGGAUUUGUGCGUCCGGAUAAGCGUGGGCUUGUUUUUGGUUUGUUUUGAUUCUCACUGCUUUUGGUGGGUGUCUUUUUUUUUUUUUUUUUGGAGUGAGGAUUUGCUCUUCAGACCUCCAGAAUUUUCCAGACGUUUCUGGACUUCAAGCUGGUGCACGAUGUUCUCAGACAGGUUCCGAUGGUUCCGGUGGUUCCGGAUUCUUCUCGUUCUUCCCUCGAUGUUGAUUCCGAGCUCGGCCAACGAAACCCUCUCUGCCCCUCGGGUCUACCUGUCGUUUAAAGAAUUAAAAUCCACGGACACGGUGCAUCAUUUCUCCUUCCUGUUAAACACAUCAGAUUAUCGUAUCCUGCGCAUGGAUGAGGAUCACGACCGCAUGUACGUCGGCAGCAAAGACUUCAUCCUGUCUCUGGACCUUCACGACAUCAACCACCAACCGCUCAUCAUCCACUGGCCUGUAUCCGCACCCAGGAAGAUGGAGUGUGUGUUAAGUGGUAAAGACAACAACGGUGAGUGCGGUAACUUUGUACGUCUGAUCGAGCCGUGGAACAGAACUCACCUGUACGUGUGUGGGACUGGAGCCUACAACCCCGUGUGCACCUACAUCAACCGUGGGCACAGAGCCAUGAUGCCCCUGCACCUGCAGGUGCCCCUGGCCAGAGGGAGGUCAAGCCGUGCGGUCGAACUAGAGACUGUGACUGAUGAAUCGGGACUGCAGGAAUACAUUUUUCGCUUGGAGCCGGGCCAUGAGGAUUCUGGGAAAGGAAAGUGCCCAUACGACCCCAAACUAAACAGCGUCUCAGCUUUGAUUAAUGGAGAGCUGUAUGCAGGCGUGUACAUCGACUUCAUGGGAACGGACUCGGCUAUUUUCCGAACACUGGGGAAAAACACGGCCAUGCGCACAGACCAGUAUAACUCCAGAUGGUUGAAUGACCCCUCUUUCGUGCACGUGCACCUCAUCCCAGACAGCGCAGAGAAAAACGACGACAAGCUCUACUUCUUCUUUCGUGAGAAGUCUUUGGAGAUGGGCCAGAGUCCUAAAUCAGAGGCACGCAUCGGACGCAUCUGCCUGAACGACGAUGGUGGUCACUGCUGCCUGGUGAACAAGUGGAGCACGUUCCUCAAGGCUCGCCUCAUCUGCUCUGUCCCAGGGGCUGACGGGAUCGAAACACACUUCGACGAGCUCAGAGACGUGUACAUACAGCCAACGCAGGACACCAAGAACCCGGUUAUCUAUGGGGUUUUUCUGUAUCUGGGUGACUCGGUGUUUAAAGGAUCGGCGGUUUGCGUGUACUCCAUGGCUGACGUUCGGAUGGUAUUUAACGGACCGUUCUCCCACAAGGAGGGUCCGAACUACCAGUGGGUGGCAUACACAGGAAAAAUCCCCUACCCACGGCCGGGAACGUGUCCUGGAGGAACUUUCACUCCCAACAUGAAGUCCAAAGAUUACCCUGACGAGGUCAUCAACUUCAUGCGGAACCAUCCCACCAUGUACAACUCCGUGUACCCCGUCCACAAGCGCCCUCUGGUGGUCAGGACCAAUGUGGACUAUGAAUUCACCACCAUCGCGGUUGACCAGGUGACGGCUGCUGACGGAAGCUAUGAGGUCCUCUUCCUGGGUACAGAUAAAGGGACGGUGCAGAAGGUGAUCGUUUUGCCCAGAAACGACCUGCAGACCGAAGAGCUGAUCCUUGAGGAGGUGGAGGUGUUCAAGGUCCCGACUCCUAUUACAACCAUGAAGAUAUCAUCUAAAAGGCAACAGCUGUACGUAGCGUCAGUGGUGGGCGUGACUCAGCUCGCCCUGCACAGGUGUGACGUGUACGGCGAGGCUUGUGCUGAUUGUUGCUUGGCUCGAGAUCCGUACUGCGCCUGGGACGGCAAAUCCUGCUCCCGUUACUCCGCCUCACAAAAGAGGCGCAGUCGGAGACAGGAUGUUAAGAAUGGGAACCCUAACCGGCUAUGCCGUGGCUACAACUCUAACGUCAACAAAAACACUCUGCAGACGGUGCAGUACGGUGUGGAGAGCAGCAGCACGUUUCUGGAGUGCCAGGCCAGAUCUCCACAUGCUGCUAUCAAAUGGCACUUUCACAAAGACAACAGUGACCGGAGGAGAGAGGUGCGUUCAGACGGCCGUGUGAUGAAGACGGAUCAGGGGUUGCUUCUGCGCUCUCUCCAGGCCUCAGACUCGGGCAUGUACACCUGCACAGCCACAGAGAAGAACUUCAAACACACGCUCAUGAAGCUGCAGCUGGUGGUUCUGUCGAGCCAGGCGGUGAACAGCGUGCUCCUGGAGAGCGGCUCGCGGCCACAGACGAGCGCGUGGACGCCCAGCGUGGGGCAGUAUCGAGAGCUCCUCAGCAUCCUGAGCCAGCCCGAGAUGGGCCUCAUCAACCAGUACUGCCACGACUACUGGCAGCUCGCAGACACGCAGCGCGACAGCAGCAGCAUCAAACCCAGCGAGCUUAACGAGCAGAAGAAACCGCGCAACCGCCGGCAUCACGGCGAAGAGCACGAGGACCAGGACGAGACAUGAGGACCUCCGUUUUUGCUUUUAGAGACUUGACCGUGAGUGCGUCAGAGGGGCGGGAAAAAAAACAACGUGACGUUUCCAAACUUUUGCCUGAACGAACCCAAAUGUUAAAACGCAUAAAGAAUAUCGUACACAGUAUUUAUUGUAGGUUGUAAAUAGGAUCAUUCUGUGGAUUUCUUUGUACUUUAAAUAGAAAAAAAGCAAAAAAAGGAAAGAAUGCUCUCUGUGUAUAGGGCGGAUAUUAUUGUUAUAUCAUUUUUAUUGUUAUUAACGAGGAACAAAAAAAAAUCUAUUGGGCAUUGAGGGGCGUUUUCAUCUCGUUUGGACUAUAAAUUUAUAAUAAAAGAGGCGGGAGAGCGCUCUCUACAGGAACAUGACAAGGGACUCGAUUUCUGACAGACAGAGAGACAGACGGAGUAGACAUUGCGUUCUGGACCGUCUCAUCAGCACAUCCUUCAUACAUCGUCUUCCUUUCUUUCAUAUGCACAUGAUGUUCUACAGGAUUGCACAAAUGCUCUGAAAGGAAAAAAAGAGAGGAACAGCGUGUGAAGAGCGACGACAGCACAACAGCACAAUCGUGAGGACUCUCCAGCCUGGACUUUUAGAUUAAGGAUAAAAGUGUGUGUUAAGUUUGUUAAGUUCAUGGAUAUAAAUAUAUAUAUACCAAUUCGUAAUGAUGUUUGAAACCACUUCAGUCUCUGGAGAGUUCCUCGGCUCACGUUUACCACUUUUUGUAAAGAAGAAAAGCACAAAGCGACUCGUCAGGUGACAUGGCAACAACCCGCACAUCGGUACGGUCCUGUAACAGGUCCAGGAUGAUACAAGCAAAACUCGCGACAUCAUACAAAAAUCAAAAUAGAGAUUUUUACAACAUAGAUUUUCUGUAUCGUAUUUUCCAGACUGAAGUUCACAUACAUUCGAAUUCUUGCGUUAGCGUAAUCGCUGCUUGCACAUUUGUUAUUGUUGUUGCAGAAGGCUUUUUACUCCAGAAUCUAAGCUAAUAUGUGCCUGGUGUGGAAAAAUUAAUAGUUAAAACUUCUUUCUGAUCAACGCUGAUCAGGGGGCAUCAUUAUACAGAGGAUUAUGCACAAUUUGGGCUUUUAGGAAAGUUGUAAUUUAGUGGUUAAGGCUCUGGGUUACUGAUCAGAAGGUCAGGGGUUCGUCACUCUUUUAGACUUCUGAGCAAGACCCUUAACCCUCUGUGCUCCAGGGGGCGCUGUAUGAUGGUUGAGCCUGCGUUCUGACCCCAGAAUGUCAAGAAAUAUUUUCACUAUGCUGUAAUGUUCAUGUAGCAACUUUACCUUUAUUAUAAAACGUUAGAAUUUAAAGGUACAGCGUGUCAUUUUUAAACUGGUCCCAAUUCCUGUAAAAGUGGAAAAAAAAACUUUUUGUGUGUGUGUACCUGCAAGAACUGCGAUAAUACAGUGCGUUAAAUCUCCUUGUUUCAGGUUUCUGUGUUUUUCUACCCGUAAAAAAAAAAUGCCACCCUGUUUUCUAAACCCUCAUUUUGGGGUAAAUAAAAGAAAAAGAAAUAAAAACAACAAAAAAUCUAUUGCACAUUGACUGGCAUUUUCAUCUAAUUUUAACUUACGAAAAUUAGACAUAAGAAAAAAAAUACGUAAAAGUAAAAGGGUGGAGUUUGUUAUAUGGAGGGUUCAAGUUGCCAUUGAAAAUAGUGCUAAUGCUAAUUCUAGCUUACAGGUAAUAGAGGACUCCGAAGAUACAAACUACUAGUUUAAAACCUCGCUGCCGUGUAGAAGCUUCUGAAAAUAAGCUUCUGAUUUUUUGCGACACUAACGGGAUGAAAAACUAAACACAGCAUAGAGGACAAAAAAAAAAGGAAACAAAAUGGCAUUUACGUGACACGUCAGCAGAAUGACUGGUGAUGUUCUGUCUGGGAAAUACGGUACCGAUCAGGCCGUGUGCGUGACCUACGUGUCCGUAAGACCGUAAGCAAAAGAUCGACAGAAAACAGUGCAACACGCUUCUUGUUUUUGUUUUUUCACUACCCUGUGGGAAGCAGUACCGAGUGAGGGAUUUCUGAGGAUAUGGCACACGUUCCACAUCUGUAUUUUUCCUUCACUGUAGGAGGGGAAAAACACAUGUACAAUUCUAUCGCCCUUUUUUCCCUUCAUCAUCCCUUUGUAAGACUAAAUGCACAGGUGAUUUUAUUGUAUUGAUUGGUGUAAAUGACUCCGCCCCCUUUUUCCUUCCUCCUCUCUUUCUCUUCUUGUUGGUGUUGCUGACUAAUAAAUUAAAGCUCUAUAUUUUAUAGUAA